CCCGGAGGCUCCGGAGGCUCCGGCCGCGCCGCGCUCAGCGAGCGCCGCCGGGAGCGCGCAGCAGCCCUCGGCAUGGCUGAGAACGAGACAGGCGACUGUUUGCUGAUGGGCAAUUUCCUAGAAAAGUAUUAUCUUUCCACCAUGUACAGCCUCGAGUUCAUUUUAGGCCUUGCUGGAAAUUCCAUUGUUGUGUUUGGCUAUAUUUUCUGCUUGAAAACCUGGAAAAGUGGCAACAUCUACCUGUUUAAUUUAUCGUUAUCAGAUAUAUUAUUUCUGUGUACUCUUCCAAUACUGGUGAAAAGCUACUCUAGUCAAUGGGCAAAGGACAUCUUCUGCCAUAGCAACAGAUUCCUGUUGCAUGCAAACCUGUACACCAGCAUCCUUUUCCUUACCUGUAUCAGUAUUGACCGAUACCUGCUCAUUAAAUAUCCUUUCAGAGAACAUUUUCUACAGAAAAGAAGAACUGCUGUUGUAGUGUCUGUGGCCGUGUGGAUCUGGGUUAUACUGGAGCUGUUGCCACUGAUGCAUUUCCUUAGGCCUACAGCAGCCACCACCAGCAGCAAGUGCCUAGAUUAUGCAAGUUCUGGAGACCCAGCAACAAGCAUCAUCUACAGCAUGUUUCUGACUCUCUUUGGGUUCCUCAUCCCUCUCUGCAUCAUGUGCUUCUUCUACGUAAAGAUGGUUAUAUUUCUUAAGAACAGAAGUGAGCAACACAGCUCUUCCCUGACACUUGAAAAACCUCUUUCUUUAGUCAUCCUGGCCAUGGUUAUCUUCUCGUUACUAUUUACGCCGUAUCACGUAAUGCGCAAUGUCCGACUUGCUUCCCGAAUACCAGCCUUGAAUGUAUCUGUGUGCACGCAGCACAUCAUCAAUGCCGUUUAUAUCAUCACGAGGCCCAUUGCAUUUUUAAAUAGUGCCAUUAAUCCUGUUUUUUAUUUCUUAAUGGGUGACCACUUCAGAGAGAUGCUGAUGGCAAAAAUCAGGCAGCUCUUGAACAGAAAAAGAACUAACAAGGAGAACUCUGAUACUGGGAGACAAGGGAUGGAAAAAGAAAUUAGCUUAGGAUGAAACUUUAUUAAUGUUCAGUUCCAUUUUCUUAGUUUUAUAUAGGUUAUAGAUUUUGUGUCGCUAAACGCAGUUGUUUUACCUGAUUGCACCUCCUUCUAAUGAUUUCACUCCAGCAAAACUUUCCGUGCUUGCGAUAGAAGCAGUAUUAACUGACAGUUGAUUGAUUUUGUAAAUAAAAUAUUGCUGUGGCA